AAGGAAAAAGAAGGUUGUCUAUUAUAAGAAAUCUAGUGAACAAUUGUCAAAUUGGGAGCUUUCAACUUUUAACUUUCAGAUGAAGAAAGUUUUUAAGAUUGAAUGCAUAUCUUAUGAGAUGGUGUAGAAGUGGAGCAGUUCCUAGCGAGCCAGUACAUUCAUAACCAGCUUGGAGAGGGUCAUCCAUGAAAACUUCUCGGGGAAGUCCUAUUAUUGUCAUCUAAGCACCAGAGGAAAUAGUAGACUCCUAUUAUAGUCAUCUAAGCACCAGAGGAAAUAGUAGACCUAUGUGAAAAGCUUUAUGGAGAUAUAGGACUCCAAAGAAGGUGCCAGCCUUGACAUGGUGUUCUGCAUGGAGAGCCAUUCUGAUUUUCUCAAGGCACUAUAUUCUUUGUGGUCAGCUGGUGUUGCUUGUGUAAAAAGUAUGGGGAGGAUAUAAACCAUCCACUGUGACAUUAUGGUUAUGCCUCAGAGUUAUGGGCUUGAUGUAUGCUGUCACAUUGUGCCUUGGUAAAAUAACACCAUUGGGGUGUAGACACUAAACCUAUGAUCUAUCAGGAAAAAGAUAAACCAAUUAAAAAGAAUAUAGAAUGCAGAGUAGUCAUGAUUGAACCACUUCUGAUUCACUGGUAAUUACUAAAAUCUGCGCUAAGGCACUCUUGACUGAGCCACUUAUUGGGGAAAUUUAUAGCGUUCCCUCGAGUUCGUGGCUUAUAGAAUGAAUGCAAUCAUGUUGCAGUCUUUGCCAGCAGCCGAGAAUGAAAGCUUUGGACUAUUGUUUGUAUUUUCAAAAAGUUCACCUAUCCUGGAUUUCUCCAACAGACUAGAAGUAACUGAACAAAUUUCAAAGUUUGGUGUAAAAUGUAUGCCAUCUCCUUAUAUUAGGUCCUGGACAAGAAGACGUCGUUCAAGAAUAGCAUUUGCUCUGGAUACAGGAAGAAUUCCCAGUAAUGACGAUCAAGAUGGCCUCAAUGGUGAUGGCCGUGAUCUAGGUGGAACUCGUUUGGGGAGGAUAGUAGGUGCUGGAGGCAGGCAGUUCCUGGAGAAGCUUAAUUCAGCUCGAAAAAAUUUUCCUAUGAAAGUAUUUCUGCUUCUCUUAGGUUUUUAUACGGCAAAUGCCUUGGCUACGAUCCUAGGACAGACUGGUGAUUGGGAUGUAUUAGUAGCAGGAGUUGUCGUAGCUACAAUUGAGGGAAUUGGAAUGCUGAUGUAUAAAAAACCUCCUUCUCUACCAUCCAGGAGGUUGCAGUCUCUGGUUUCAAUGGUGAACUACUGGAAAGCAGGUGUUAUUCUAGGUCUCUUUGUUGAUGCUUUCAAACUAGGCAGUUGAUUUUCUCUCUAGCAACCUUGAAUUCUUUUCUCAAAAGUCAAAAUGAUUGUUGCCUCAAUGCAUUCAUGUGUAUUUAAAGUCAAAAUGGCCAUUGCCUUAAUGCAUUCAUGUGUAUGUAUCAUAUACUAGACUGCUCCUAUGUACUUGAGUGAUAGUUGAGGUGCUUCUAUAUUGUGAGGGCACAUGUAUAUUUAAUAAAAUUGUUUUCCAAUUCAUUUAUGAUA